GACGAAUGCACUGCGGCCCAAGGCCUGUGGCUUUGCGGCUGGACCCAGGCGACGCGGGCGCCACCACGGCAAAGCCCGCGGGCCUUUGUGCUGAGCGCCCUCUCUCCCCACGGGCCAGGCCUCUCGCUGGUGGUGGGCCUGGUGCUCUACAUCUCCAGCAUCAACGACGAGAUGCUCAACAGGACCAAGGACGCCGAGGCCUAUUUCAGCUACAAGUACGGAUGGUCCUUUGCCUUCGCUGCCAUCUCCUUCCUUUUAACUGAGAGUGCCGGGGUGAUGUCCGUGUACCUGUUCAUGAAGAGAUACACUGCCGAGGACAUGUAUCGGCCUCACCCGGGCUUCUACCGCCCUCGGCUGAGCAACUGCUCCGAUUAUUCAGGCCAGUUCCUACACCCUGACGCCUGGGUCCGGGGCCGCAGCCCCUCCGACAUCUCCAGCGAGGCGUCCCUGCAGAUGAACAGCAACUACCCAGCCUUGCUCAAGUGCCCGGACUACGACCAGAUGUCGUCUUCGCCCUGCUGA